AGUACAAUGUCACAUUGCAGACUCUUGGCCUGGGGUCCCAUAGGACUUCAGUGGCUCCAGGACUGAUUUCACUGCCAUCACUUAUAUAUGAUGAUGCAGACUUCAAGCAUCAAAGUACACAAACUGAAGAAACUUCGUCCUUUGUAUAUAAUUCUCUUAAAUAUAUGCCAUCAUUUCAAGGGGAAUUUAUGCUAAGUGUGACUUCAUAAACAAAUCAUUUGUGAGAGAGAAAAACCACAUCCAGGGUAAAGUCAUAAGGUGAAAAAGCCUAUUUCAGAGAGCACUUCCUGAAAGAGACAAAGCAGCAAUUACAGGCAGCCCAGCACCAACUCCCAUGCCAAGCAUUACACUGGAAACUACUUUUUAAAGCAACAAAAGAGUCUAAAACAAAAUAAAACAUUUCUUAAACACACUGUUUCCAGAAAGAGCUAUUUUAACAGAAACAACUCAAAGAUAUCCCUUCGACAGAAGUGGAAGUGCUGAAAAAUGUUCAUCUCUCAUACAGACUUCUGAUGGACAGGAGUUUCUAAGUAUCAUGCCCACCAACAAGCUGUAAAAUGAUCACCCUGAACAAUCAAGAUCAACCUGUCCCUUUUAACAACUCACAUCCAGAUGAAUACAAAAUUGCAGCCCUUGUCUUCUAUAGCUGUAUCUUCAUAAUUGGAUUAUUUGUUAACAUCACUGCAUUAUGGGUUUUCAGUUGUACCACCAAAAAGAGAACCACUGUAACCAUCUACAUGAUGAAUGUGGCAUUAGUGGAUUUGAUAUUUAUAAUGACUCUACCCUUUCGAAUGUUUUAUUAUGCAAAAGAUGAAUGGCCAUUUGGAGAGUACUUCUGCCAGAUUCUUGGAGCUCUUACAGUGUUUUACCCAAGCAUUGCUCUAUGGCUUCUUGCCUUUAUUAGUGCCGACAGAUACAUGGCCAUUGUGCAGCCGAAGUAUGCCAAAGAACUUAAAAACACGUGCAAAGCCAUGCUGGCGUGUGUGGGAGUCUGGAUAAUGACCCUGACCACAACCAUCCCUCUGCUAUUGCUUCAUAAAGACCCGGAUAAAGACUCCACCCCCGCCACCUGCCUCAAGAUUUCUGACAUCGUCUAUCUAAAAGCUGUGAAUGUGCUAAACUUCACUCGACUGACAUUUUUUUUCUUGAUUCCUUUGUUCAUCAUGAUUGGGUGCUACUUGGUCAUUAUUCAUAAUCUCCUUCAUGGCAGGACGUCUAAGCUGAAACCCAAAGUCAAGGAGAAGUCCAUAAGGAUCAUCAUCACACUGCUGGUGCAGGUGCUUGUCUGCUUUAUGCCCUUCCACAUCUGUUUCGCUUUCCUGAUGCUGGGAACGGGGGAGAACAGUUACAGUCCCUGGGGAGCCUUUACCACCUUCCUCAUGAACCUCAGCACAUGUCUGGAUGUGAUUCUCUACUACAUCGUUUCAAAACAAUUUCAGGCUCGAGUCAUUAGUGUCAUGCUAUACCGUAAUUACCUUCGAAGCAUGCGCAGAAAAAGUUUCCGAUCUGGUAGUUUACGGUCACUAAGCAAUAUAAACAGUGAAAUGUUAUGAAUAAUAGAAAGGUUCUUUAUCUCAAUCCCAUCAAAAUUCACUUCACUAACUACUCUGGCAUCAAUGGAUAUUCUGUAAAAUAUAUCAAGUCCCUUUUCUCUUGAAAAAAAUAAAUUCAUUAUCUUCAUUUUUAAAACUUAUAUAAAACAUUUUUGUGAAUUAUUC